GCUGGGGAGGUGGAAGGGCUUCAGUCCCGCCUGGUCGCUGGGGAUUCCAAAAGCCAGCCCUGAGAGCCAACCCGGAGCUUGUCAUUUAUUCCCCAACUGGCCGACUGCCUAAAGGAGGUUGAUCUGGGAGCUCCCAGAGAGCCUCCUAGAGGUGGCUCCCAGGAUUCAGUGCACCCAAGCCCGCUGCUGUAACGCAUAGUUUUCAGUUUAGCUCCAUACCCAUUGUUUUACAGAAGAGGAAACUGAGGCCCAUUGGGGCGAAGUGACCAGCUUAGCAGUGCAAGCUGGCAGGAGAACGUUCUGUAACGCUUUCGUUAGGCUGGUAACUGGAGUGGUGGAUUCUUUGCCCUGAUGACCGGUGAUGGACAUAACUGUCAAUCAUCCAGGAUGGACAGAUGUGGAGGGGGCUGCUGUCUGUAUGGAUGGAAGAAGUUGCCCACGUGAUGAGAUUCCAAGUCCUUGGAAGUGUAGGGUAGAACAACAUAAAAUUAAAAACAACAGCCUCUCAAGAGGAGAACAAAAGGGCUCGUUGGAUUAGGAGUCAGAAGAAUUGAACUGAGUUCUAGUUCAGCCUCCUUUGGGUGGACAGACAAUAUGGCCAGGAGGGCACUGAAAAUUGUUUCUUGGACCAGCAUGGCCCUGGCUUCCUCUGGCUUCUACCUCUACAGUAAUAAGUACCUGGACCCCAAUGAUUUUGGAGCAGUCAGGAUAGGCAGAGCUGUAGCCACGACGGCUGUCAUCAGUUACGACUACCUCACUUCCCUCCGGAGUGUUCCUUAUGGCUCAGAGGAGUAUGUACAGCUCAAAUCCAAGGUCCACCGUCGCUCAGCUGAGCGCCUCCGAGAGCUCUGCUGUGCCAACAGAGGCACCUUCAUCAAGGUGGGCCAGCACCUCGGGGCCCUGGAUUAUCUGCUGCCUGAGGAAUAUACAAGUACCUUGAAGGUCCUGCACAGCCAUGCCCCACAAAGCAGCAUGCAGGAGAUCCAGCAGGUGAUUCGGGAGGACCUGGGCAAAGAGAUCCAGGACCUAUUUCAGAGUUUUGAGGAUACCCCACUCGGGGCUGCCUCCCUUGCCCAGGUCCACAAGGCUGUGCUAUAUGAUGGGAGAACUGUGGCGGUGAAGGUCCAGCACCCAAAGGUACAAGCCCAGAGCUCCAAGGACAUUCUGCUCAUGGAGGUGCUUGUUGGGGCCGUGAAGCAACUAUUUCCUGAAUUUGAGUUCAUGUGGCUGGUGGAUGAGGCAAAGAAGAACUUGCCUCUGGAAUUAGACUUCCUCAAUGAAGGGAGGAAUGCAGAGAAAGUGGCCGAAAUGCUUAAACGCUUUGGGUUCUUAAAGGUCCCUCGUAUUUACUGGGAGCUGUCAACUCGGCGAGUCCUCCUGAUGGAAUUUGUAGAAGGUGGACAGGUCAAUGAUAAGGUUUACAUGGAGAAGAACCAGAUAGAUGUCAAUGAGAUCUCCCGACAACUGGGAAAGAUGUACAGCGAGAUGAUCUUUGUCAAUGGUUUUGUGCAUUGUGACCCACACCCAGGCAAUGUGCUGGUGAGGAAGUGUCCAGGAACUGGGAAGGUGGAGAUUAUUUUGUUGGAUCAUGGAUUGUACCAGAUCCUGACGGAUGAGUUCCGCCUGGACUACUGUCACCUCUGGCAGGCCCUGAUCAAGGCAGAUAUGAAGGGUGUGAAGAAAUACAGCCAGCGCCUAGGGGCAGGGGAGCUCUACCCCUUGUUUGCCUGUAUGCUGACGGCCCGGUCCUGGGACUCUGUCAACAAAGGCAUUGGUCAGGCGCCUGUCACUGCCAACGAGGAUGUAGAGAUUCGAAACAAUGCUGCUACCUACCUCCCAGAAAUCAGUCAGCUCCUUAAUCGGGUGCCCCGGCAAAUGUUGCUCAUCCUUAAGACUAAUGACCUGCUCCGGAGCAUCGAGACAUCCCUAUCCACCCGGGCCAGUGCCAGCUCCUUCCUCAACAUGUCUCGUUGCUGUACCCGAGCCCUGGCUGCGCACAAGAGGGAGCAGACUUGUUCAUUACUCAAGAAGACCCAGAUAUCUCUUGGGGAAUCUCUCAGCCUGUGGCAGAUCAAUCUGCACGAACUCUUCUUGCGCAUGCGGGGGUCCUGGCUGGGAAACUGGGUCUUUGCCCUGCUCUACUGGCUGUCUCCUACUCCACACUGAGCAGCAGACGACAUCCUCCAUCUUGCCCUACGGUGACACGGGGUUGAGUGGGUCAGGAGGGGGACUCUACUCUGGCUCUGCUUUCCAAUGAUGUGGUGGAGGGACUCCCAGGAUCAUUAUCUUCUCUUUGGCUGUACUCCAUAUGUUCACCCACCCCUCUGUCAAUCUUGUCACCUUUUCACAGUGAUUACAGAGUCUACCAGCUCUCUCCUAAAGUGGUGGAACACAUCUCCCAACCCUUUCAUCUUGACUCUUGGAGCAAGGAAAGGAAAACUUGGGCAGGGAAAAAACACCAACAGUUUAUUUCCCCCUCCUCAAAAGCAGGGUACUGUUGGAUUUAAUGUCACAACUCCCCAAAGUCCACCUCCUUUCC